CUCCCAUGCGUGUGAGAACUAUCUGCAGAUGUCGCCAUAGUCUUUCCGGGAUAUCUGCAAACGAAAAUUUGGGUUUGUUUUGAUAGCUAAAAUUUGUGCUUUGGGUUCAAAGAAAUUUCAUCAAAAUUCCUGACCUUGAAGGAUAUGGUUUGUGUUUUCUGCUAGCAGUAAUUCGAAACAGUUUGUGUCUCAAGUAGAUGUGUGGCAUUGAUCUUCUAUGGAUACAGACAGCGAGUUGGGACAUAUUUGGCAAGAGCUUCCAGACAAUUUGCUUCUGCAGAUCUUCUCCUUCCUCAAAGCCUCUGAUUUGGUGAGAGCAUCACAAGCCUGUCAUAGCUGGUACAGAGUUGUGUUUGAUGAAAGCAUAUGGAAGGACCUGGUAUGCCGUGAGUUCUGCAUCCAGCGUCAGUGUAAAGUUGCACCGGGUAAAGUCUCCUGGCGAGAGGAGUACAAAAGACUGUAUUACAACAGCCCUGUGGUAGAGAGUGAGAUUCUUACCAACCAUUUAGAUGAGGUUCUCCAUGUCAGCUUCUCUCAUAAUGGAGAGAUGUUUGCUACCACUUCUAAAGAUGCCACCAUAAAGGUGUGGCAAGUGGGGGAACCGACAACCCUGAGGUACACAGCUGACAUGAAGAAAGAGAUGUCAUGGGACUUCACCCAGUUCUCCUGCUUUAACAAACUGGACAGCUUGCUGUUGGUCUCUGGGGUUGUCUAUACCAACUUUGACAGGAGAGGAUUUUUAGCAGUUUUCUCAAUCACAAACAACUUCAACAUCAUCAAAGUGACAACGAUGGAUCCUUCACAACUAUUUGGGACUUGGCUGAGCCAGGGGACAUUCUUAGGGGGAAGCCUGGAGAUUAACCUAGAUCGUUUCACAACCAGUGUGGAGAUAGACAUGUUUGAUAUUUCUGACACAGAAUGUGAGACAGAGGCUGGGGCAAGCUCUGAGAAGCGAGGACAGUCAUUAUUUACAUUCUGCAGUGAGAAUGCCAGUCUGAUAAAGUUUUUGACUGUAGCUGAAGUUCCCCAGAGUGGACCUCUUCCAGCAGAGUUAGAGUGCAUGGAUACAGAAGAGUAUGCAGAAGAGGAUGCACCCAGGCUUAGCACCACCCCUUCACUUACACAUACACUAGCCACACCCUCUCUAGCCACACCAUGUGCAGCAGCCUCCUCCUUUGUGUCUGGCUCCUCCCAUACCUCUAGCCUUCAGCCCUCCCUUCACAUGUCAGCUGAUCCAGGAAGAACGGUGAACCAUGAGUUUGGCUGUAGUACUGAGGACAGUCAGUCUGUGAUUAGAGAGGCAAACAAACGGGCUGGUCAAUGUCAGCCGUGUAACUCUGUAUCCGUGGGCACAGUGGUUUUACCAGUCUCGGACCAGGAACAGACAAAAGUAUCACAUGUAACAGAUUAUCCAAACUGUGGUAAAAUGCACCCGGCGGAACACGAGAACAAACAUUCAGGGAACUUGCCGAUGCUGAAUGCCUCAUGUCCGCUGUCUGUGUCAGAGCCGGGGCCAUGUAGCUCCUCCUCAACGAAGUCAGCUGACAGUAAACUGACGACCAAGUACCUCAUCUUUGUGACAGGAGAGUUUGCCGUGGCCCUGCAUCAGAUUGGGAUCAAGGUGAUGACUGUUAAUGAGGCGGGACACUGCACAAAUAGGGCUGGGCAUGGAGCCGGCCACUCCUGUCAGAACAGUCAGCCCGGCAACGGACAUGGACAUAUUGUGGUCAAUGUCCGGAACAAUGAUAUUGAAAUGCGGGACCGUCAGCCCGACAAAACCGAUUUCUUGUUGGAUUUACAUGGACAUGUGACAGGAAUGUGUUUAUCUAGUGAUAGUAGGUACCUGUUUGUGAACUGUCGCCCCUGGGUAGGGAGGGAUGUGGACCGCACUGACCCCUGGGCAACCCCUGACCUCUCCACCCACAUCCAAAUCCGUGUGAUUGAUCUGUACACCUUACAGGACCUGGGUGUUUAUUACAGCGGUCACCUGGGCUGGUCUCCUGCCUUCAGGUGCUGCUUUGUCUUCUUGGAUGUCAGUGAGGACUACGUAGCCAGUGGUAGCGAGGACACACGAGGGUACCUGUGGGACCGUCAUUACAGAGUCAACCUCAUGCGCUUCCCCCACGGCCCGGGGGUUGUCAACUCUGUCGGCUUCAACCCCAAGGACCAGGAGUACCUUGUAACGGUCAGUGAUGACCAUACCAUCAAAAUCUGGCGCUCCAGACAAAAACAACGCAGCUUCCUAGAAAAGGUGCCGGCUGCUUCCAAUCAUACGGGUGCUAGCUGUGCUACAAGUAGUUGACAACUGGGAGCUUAGGCAGGCUACACAGUUGAACUUUAAAGACGCUCAAGAUGAAAUCUCACUUCUGAUUUGUGCUCUUGCAAGCAACUGAUGUUUGUGUACGUUUAAACACAAAUCUAAGGUAUAAAAGGGGCUGCCAACAGCACUGUUAGACAAGAAUCGCUGUGUUGUUGUCAUUACUGGUAAAGUGGUAUAAUAGGCAUAAAGCACAAUGCUGAACCGUACAUACGUAUAUAUUGUGUACCUUAUUUCAGUGCUAAGAAUGAAACAUUUCCCAUGUAUCAAGUGCUAUUUGACAUGCAUAGAUAGUAGAAAUUGGUAUGUACAUGUGUAGGAGGCUGCAACUGUCUAUCAUGUGUUACUCUGAUGAUAGAGCAGAUACCAGAGACAUUGUCUUGUAGGAAUGCACAUUUUUCACAAAGGAUAUACUUGUAAAUGUUUAUGUAGUUCGUAGACAUAAAGUUUAGGCAAUUUUUUUGUUAAAGAUACACAAAUACCUACAAAAGAUCUGUAUUCCACUUCACCUUUUAUGAAUUAGUGAAUCAAACUCUGAAUGGCAAUUCUAAUUUAAAUGCAUGUAGAGAUGGUCAACCCACCGAAGAGAGAAGGAAACUUAUGUUAUUAAGGAAAUGUCAAGAAACAUAUACAUGUACAUAUGUAUACUCUUCACAGGAGUUAUGUUAUCUCCAGGAAUAAGUCCAAAGUGUAAAUUACAUUGUUGUAUACUAGGGUAUAACCUAUAUCUGGCUUUUUGCCCACUAGAAAAUCUUAAAGUACUGUGUGUUUAAAAGUAAAAUUGUGCUUUUUGUAAUAAACUGUGGCCACUUUCACAAAGCAGCGUACCACAUUUAUUUACCGUACAUUUGUCGUACGAUAUUUUGUACGUCACUAUUAACAUACCUAUACAGUAUGUGUGAUAUUGUAUAAGUAAUACAAAACAUCUUUGUGAAAGUGGCCCCUGAAGCUAAAGUGCUGGAACGUCCUUUGUUUUAGGUGUAAUAGUAGCCUGUAAUGCAAAAGCCGGAUUUCCCACUCCCGUAAAUAUGUUUUUCUGGCCAUGCUGGCAAUUUAUCCUUUCAAUAUCUUUCCUUGUUCAGGUAUGUAUGUCUGGAAGGUUUUGUGAAAAUGUCUUGAAAAUCGUCAGACACAUAAUGUGCCAUGUGGAAGUAUGUACAGGUAAUUAGUGGUAUGAAAAAUUUACAGAUGUUGACACUUUAUCCUGUUGAUAGAGAGGUGGUUAAGGUCACAUAUGGGGAGUAGUUAGCAUUUUAUGUCCACAACAUGACACUUUCUCCAGUGUUUCUAUAGGCCUUGAAGAUUAUUUUCAGACGUGGAGGCACUUCAGAUUUUACCUCUGGGGCUAAGUAGAGUUCAGUAAUAUUCAGCCUGUUCAACUAUUUUUAUCCUUCUGUAUAGGUGAUUGUAAGUCAGUUGCAGUGUUGGUAUAUACAUAUACUGUAAAUCUGCAAACUUUUCAAGUAAAAAAAGCACUUUCCCUCUGCGGAAUUUUUGCCUACAGUUAUUGUGAAAAUGACUCUAAAAUUAUUUGUUUUUUUGUGUGAUUAAAGAUGCAAGCAUUAUAAAACCACUAA